ACCCCAUGUCGACAUAGCACACCAUGAGCGCGAGCAGCAAAGAGGCUGUUCGUCUCUGCCAACAUCUGGUCAGGCAGGCGUUUGGUACCGUCGUUUCGCGAAUCGCUUCCACUUUGAUGAACAGGGGUAGACUCACUUGUCCAACUCUCGCAAGGCUAUCAGCUCUAUCCCGCUCAACCACAAUGGCCGCUCUACUGAUUCUGAUGCAACAUCAUCUCGUUCAGAGCUCUGGUGAACCCCCAGACUCAGACAAGGAAGAGGCCUACGAGUUCAACAUGGACGAAUGUCUCUUGCGUCUCCGGUGGGGCAGGAUACUCGCCAUGACCCUGGACAAGCUUGGUCCAAGCGCCACAGAGGUGAUCAGGAGCUUGAUGUUAUAUGGCAGGUUGGCAAAGGAUGAGAUUAUCCAUGCUUGUGGAGGUGGGCACGGGGCAUCGAAUAUCAUGGCCAUAGAAGAAGCUACCCUGCUGCUCGUCCGACAUCACUUCAUACAACCCACUCACCCCGAGAUGGGUAUAAUCCGUGCCGACGCUGAAGAACGGCGAUUCCUUACACAUCGUCGACGCCUCUACUCUACGAAAGGCUUGGCGUAUACCACAGCAAACGAUCUUGCUAACGCUCGCUCACAAGCUGGCUGGGAAGAAUCCGAACGUCGAGCCGCUCUCGUUUCCUCAAAUAAUAUCAUCGUACUCCCUGAACCCCAUCCGAAGAAAAAAAGAAAACUCGUGGAACCUGAAUUAUCCCUUCGUCCCAACAUUGCCCUUCGGAUCAAUUACGACCGCUACGGCGUCCUCAUUCGAGACGAGUUGAUAGUCCGAGCCGUCCGUGAUCGUUUGAAUGUCGGUGCCGCAGAAGUCAUGCGUGCCGUUCUCACCUCUUGUCUGAAUGACGAAUCUGCCCUUGCGGAUCCACGGACAUUGGUCCAUGUUUCAGCCAAUGAUGUGAUCGAUAAAAUACCAGAACAGGCUUGUCCAUUCAUUUUUGCAGGGAUGGCAGGAUCGUCCAAAAGCAGUCUGGCGGAUGUGGUCAAACAAUAUCUCAGAGUGCUCAGUGGAGAAGAUCAAGUGGCAAGUGGGGGAAGCUUUUUGAGUACGGAAGGGACGUCAUUGAACCCAAUGUACAAAGUCGAAUUAGAGGGGAUAUGUUCAAAAUUGCGUGCGGCAUUGAUGAAUGAGUUGGUAGUGCAAAAGCUGGGUGACGAGGGGUCAAGAGUAUUGGCAGUGGUGGUGACGGCGAACAAGGUCUCAGAAACAACCGUUCGAGAUUGCGCCAUGAUUCCCCUCCGUUCUGCCAGAUUCUACCUUUCCGAACUGCAGAAACUUUCUCUCGUCGAAACGCAGGAAAUGCCGAGGGUGAUGGGCAAAGGCGCAAUGUCCAAAGAUGCUCACUUAUGGUCCAUCGAUCUCGCAAGGGCAUACACAUAUAUCCUUUCUUCGGUGUAUAAAACACUUGGUAAUAUCGAAUUACGGAAACAAACAGAAGUGGACAGAAAAAAAGUCGUUUUGGCUAAAGAAGAGAAAGCGGGGGCUGCGGGAAGAGAACGAUUACAGUUGAAAGAUCAACAGGAUCUGGCUGAGCUGGAUGACACGUUGAAAAAAUUGACUUUGGCGGAGGGGAGGAGUGAGGAGGUGGUCUUCAUCUUGAGGGAUCUUCCGGGAUGGCCUGGCCGGGUAUGA